GCCGAGGAGGCUCUUGCGUCAGACGAGGUUCCUGUCGGAUGUGUCUUCGUGAAGGAUGGUCAAGCUAUCGCUAGAGCUCGAAACAGGACGAAUGAAUGGAGAAAUGCGACUCUUCAUGCGGAGCUCGAAGCUAUUGACCACUUGAUUCCCCAUCACCCCCCUCCGCUGUCCACGAUCACCCUAUACGUCACUGUCGAGCCGUGCGUGAUGUGCGCUUCGGCACUGCGACAGAUUGGAAUCGGCAGAGUGGUGUAUGGAUGUGGGAACGAUAGAUUUGGAGGCUGCGGUAGCGUCAUUGACGUCAAUUCGUCUGACAGCUUGAACACUCAUCCGGCCUUUGUGGCAGAAGGAGGCUAUUACCGCGAAGAGGCAAUCAUGCUCCUAAGGCGGUUCUACAUGUCCGAGAACCAGAAUGCUCCGAAUCCGAAGAAGAAGGCGACUCGUGUACUCAAAACGGACAUUCCUCCGCCGCCAUCUUCCACCACACCGCGACCUUCGAGAACGGCAUCGGCGAGAUCUUCACCAAAUGGCGCAAAAGAGGCUGCAGCUUUGAGCGCGAGCUGA